CACGGACAUCUACUCCAUACAACUUCUCUUCCAUCUCUGUCAUUUUAGCAAAACCAUAUCAACUUUCUUAUUCAAAUCGAAUAUUCAGAUCUUAUUCAAAACCUUCAGUGUUUCCACUCAGCAGCUUUUCAGUGUUAUCACUUCUCUCGUGUAUCACUUGUGAUAAGGCCCUGACCAUGUCCAAAUCUGGGCUGGACCUGAAAGAAGCAGGACUUUUCUUUUUAGCCGCAGGAGACUCAAUUGGAGACACCGACAAAUCCGAGGACUCCUUCUCAUCCAGGUUUAUAUCCAUGUGUCCACCUUCAGCAGACUGGCCGUAGGCGUGGUCACUGCUAAACGCCGCGGUGUUAGCAGGAUUAUCCUGACUGAAGGAUGGAUUUAAAUGACGAUUUCUUUUCCUUUUCGGUUAUAUUGAAGAUAUACUGUAAAUAUAAAGACGCGUCAGCUCCAGCAGCCAUCUUGAUCCGGGAUUUGAGCAUUUCUGACGUCACCGAAGGUGAUGACGGAGAGAAGGAGCUUCAGAGUUGACUUUUUUUUUACUGAAGGCUGUUUAACCUAGUUUAGCGGUUUAUCGAGUGAACCGUGCUACGAUGCUACAUUUAAUAAGUUUAACUGGUGCGGGAAUUUAUUAUUUUAUGAAGAAGCGAAGAGAUGGAGAGAAAACAGCGGAGCACACGGACACACCGGACCCCGAGGACCCAGUACAGACGGGCUCUUUGCUGGAUCCAGGCUUGAAGUGUGGGGAUGAAACACAGACGGACAGCGCUGUUCCUCAGGGGUCUGUGAGCGAGGCUGAGGAGAAGAGUCAGAAGGGGGAGGUGUCCGGUUCUCUGCUGGACAGUGAGAGGUCCAUCCUGGAGGAGCGAGUGAGGGAGGUGGAGGAAGUGCUGUGUGAGGCAGAGCGAGAGAGUGAGAGAAAACACAAGGUCACUCUGGCUGAAUCUGAGGAGAAACACAAGCAGGCGACGGAGUCCGUUGAACAGAUGCAGAAGCAGGAUGCUGACCUGAAGUCCCAGAUAGACACACUGAAGAACACAGUGCAGCAGUUGGGCCACCUGCUCACUCAAAAACACACAGAGUGCACUGACACAACAAGGUUGUACGAGACAGAGCUAAACCUUCGCAAGCAUGUGCAGUCCGAGUACAAACAGAAGAAGGAGAAGUUUAAUCAGGAAACCAGAUCUCUGAGGGUUGCUCUGAUUGAAGCUGAGUGGAAAUACGAGCAGGCGAUGGAGUCCAAUGCUCAGCUGGAGAACUCCAGCCUGAAGGAGUGUGAGAGAGAGAAGGAGGCUCACAGUGUCCUGAAGGUCGAUCAGAUGACUUCAACACAUCACGAGGAGUUACUACAGGGCAUUCAGGCUAAAGCUACAGAGCUUUACAGGGAGUCCCACGAUCACCUGAAGAGCGAUGAGUUGAAGAACGAGGUGAACAAACUGCGAGAGUCAGUGCAGCAGCUGGAGAGAGAGCUCUCUGAGUCAUGCAGGAAAUGUGAAGAGAUAAAGAGAGAGUGUGAGAGAGACCAGGAGCAUCACAGUGUCCUGAAGUGUGAUCAGAUGACUUCAACACACCUCUUGGAGUUAGUACAGGUGUCUCAGGCUGAAGCUGAGGAGAAAUUUGAGUACACUGCUCAGCUGGAAAAUGAGAACUCUGACCUGAAGUCCCAGGUGAACACACUGCAAGACACAGUGCAGGAGCUGAGCAGACUGCUCGCUGAGACACACAGGAAGUGUGAAAAGGCAAAAGAGGAGCAUAAGGUAGCAGAGGACAUCCUUCAGUUCGUGGAGACCAGGACCAGAAAACGGCAGAGAUUUUUAAUUCAGAAAAAAAAAUCCAUUCAGGAAUCUCUGGAUGAAUGUGAAAGAAAAUAUACGGAGGAAAUGAAGUCAAAAAAUAAUCUGGAUUAUCUUCUACCUCGCCGAACUAAUCUAGCCCUCUCAUUAAAUCAAGACGCGAGAGCGUUGUCAAAUGAUCUCUCUGACAUGCAGUGGACGUUAGAGCAGACAAUGCAGGAGUUAGAGCAAAAAACUCACCAGCUCGCGCAGAUAGAUUCCGACUGGAAAUGUCUUAAUGAAACUGUGAUGAAGGAUCAUGAGGCUGAGUGUCUCGCUCACGGACUCCUGAAGGUGCAGUACAGUGAGAUGAAGCAACAACACGACAAGUUAGAAGAGGAUAAUGAGCGAUUGAGGGAGGCUUACAGCACCCUGGAGUCACAGUAUGAAGAAUUAAAACACCACCAUGGGUCACAAAUGGAGUGUGAGCGAGAGCAGGAGGCUCACCAUGUACAGAAUGUGCAGUGCCAUGAGAUGAAGGAAUCUUCAUCACACACUGAGGAGUCAGUAAGGGUGGACAGACAGCAAAGCUCAGUGCAGCAGGCGGAGGAAAAGCUCACCGCGAUACGGAGGAAGUGUGGUGAGAUAAAGAGGGAGAGGAAGAGAGAGCGGGAGGAUUACAAUCUCCUGAAGGCGCGGUGCCAACAGAUGGAGGAAACUUUACAAGAGUAUGAAGAGUUACUAAAGACCCACUGUACAGAUCUUGGAUCCAAAGGCACUACGGAUCCCUGAAGCACAAGUGACUGUCGAGGGCCGUGUUUAACAUCUGGAUAAACAAAGUCAUAUGAUGACAGUGUAAUAGUACUUACUAUACAGGUACAUCUCAAAAAAUUAGAAUAUCAUGAAAAAGGUCAAUAUUUUUUGUCACU